AUGACAAUACCCAAUGAUAUUAACAACUUGAUAACCCCUCCAACAAAAGAAUCCUCAAUCUCUGUCUGUGUAAGACUUCGUCCUUUUACUGAAUCAGAAUCCUCAAAAUUAAUAAUUCAAAAAGACGACCAAUUGUUUCUAGGUGAUGGCGCUUUAUCUUCCAAUCCAUCAAGAAGACAAAAUUCAAGUAAUUCCAAUUUUGAUAACAACAACAACAACAACAACAAUAACAAUAACAAUAACAUCGGUUAUAAUAGAUACACUCCAAAUGGUAUAAGAAAAAUUGUCGAUAUAGUCGACGAAAGAAUGCUAAUUUUUGAUCCUUCAAAUCAAUCCAACCCUCUACAAAGAAUGCAAAAGAACGCUUUUCCUUCUUCAAAAUCAAGAAUAAGAGAACAUCGCUUUGUAUUUGAUCGCCUAUUCGACCAAAGUUCAAACCAAUUUGACGUCUUCAAUUCAACUACAAAACCUCUAUUGGACUCGGUUCUUGAUGGGUUUAACGCCACUGUCUUUGCCUAUGGUGCAACUGGUUGUGGGAAAACUCAUACAAUCUCUGGUAACCAAAAUGAUCCAGGCAUUAUCUUCCUUACGAUGAAAGAAUUGUUCAAAAGAAUUGAACUCUUAAAUGAUACCAAAACCUUUGAAAUCUCUCUCUCUUAUUUGGAGAUUUAUAACGAAUCAAUCAAAGACUUGUUAGAUCCUCUAAAAAACUCAAAAUUACUAAAUAUUCGUGAAGAUUCAAAUAAAAAAGUCUUUGUGACUAACCUAUCCAUUCUUAAACCUAAAGAUGUUAACCAAGUAAUGGAAAUGAUCAUCUUAGGUAACCAAAAUAGAACAAUGUCUCCAACUGAAGCAAACUUGACUUCUUCCAGAUCUCAUGCUGUUUUACAAAUUAACAUAGAUCAAAAAAACAAAACUGCUCAGUUAUCUGAAGAACAUUGUUUUGCCACUUUAUCAAUAAUAGAUCUUGCAGGUAGUGAAAGAGCAUCCGCUACUAAAAACAGAGGUGAAAGAUUACAUGAAGGUGCUAACAUUAAUAAAUCCCUACUAGCUUUAGGUAAUUGUAUUAAUGCUCUUUGCGAUCCAAGAAAAAGAAACCAUAUCCCUUAUAGAGACUCGAAAUUAACCCGUUUAUUGAAGUUUUCUCUUGGUGGUAAUUGUAAAACUGUCAUGAUAGUGUGCAUAUCUCCAUCAUCUCAACAUUAUGACGAAACUUUAAACACCUUAAAAUAUGCUGAUAGAGCCAAACAAAUUAAGACAAAAAUUACCAGAAAUACUCAAAAUUUAGAUCGCCAUAUUAGUUCAUAUUUGAAAAUGAUCACUGAACAAAAACAAGAAAUUGACGAUUUACGAAAAAGAGAAUUAAAAGUUGUCCAGCAACAUUUAAACAAUUAUAAAUCCAAAAAGGAAAAUUGCCUUAUUCAAUUAAUUAAAUCAAUUGAUAACAUCAAAUCAAUUUUAAUUAACUACAAUCAUGAAAAAUUAAUCAAAUCAAAAUUGCUAGCUAAAAGAAAAUUUUAUUUAAUUCAAAGAAACCAAAUUCAAAUGCUAUUAGAAUCUUUCAAGAAAAUUUACAAUUUUAGUAAUAAUCCAAAAUUAUCUCCAGAUUUAUUAGAUUUGAAAAGUUCUUGUGAAGCUUUAAUUAAUUCAAUAUCUUUAAAAAUUGAUGAGUUGGAAUCCAGAUACCUUAAUGAAGGUCUUUAUCAAGUUCACAAAGUAUUUAAGUCUAAUACCAAGUUAAUUUUAACAAAAUUAAAAGAGCUUGAUGAAUGGUCUGAUUACGAAACAAGUAUCUUUAAUGAGCAAAUUAAUUUAUUAAAGAAUAGUAUGGAAAGUGAAAUUCUUUAUAAUUCCUCCAUUUUAUUUGAUAAAAGUGUA